ACACUGAAGAAUAGACAGAUUCAAAAGCUCACAUAGUUACCAGGACAUCUGCUAGGCUCCAGAAGGCAGGCCGGGAGCCAGGACGUUUGGUUCUUUCCCCAGAUUUGGAUUGGAGAGCAGACUAGUUGCUAAAUUUCAAGGGGGUUGUGAUCAGGGCAGAGCAAAGCGACAAGAACUGUUCGUUGGGUUCCAAGACUUUGUGCACAGUGCUCUUUUGUUUGCCUUUUCCCGAGUCGGGGGAGAGAGUCAGAGCAAAGAGGAAGAUGCUUCAGGGGUCAAGGGACUCUUCUGUGACUGGGACAGAGAGGUGAAAAAACUUCAGCACCGCGGACAGAAACAGAGCUGCACCAUGAUGUCCUGUUCUGCACCAGCAAUCUUAAUCGCCUGUGCCACCCUUCUGUACCAAGACAUCUAUGCUCAGGAGUUCCCCAUCCAUACUCCACGGCACCAUUAUGACCAGUAUUGGUACCAGUCUACAGGAAAUCAGAUCCCUGUGAUCAGUGGAGGAACCUGUAAGGUGAUCGCCAUCCGGCGCUGCUGCAACCGCAACCAUAUUGAAGAGCGAUCCCAAACAAUCCAGUGUUCCUGCCUGCCGGGGAAAGUGGCCGGGACGACCCGUGGCAAGCCAUCUUGUGUGGACACCUCCAUCGUGACGGGGAAAUGGUGGUGUGACAUGCAGCCCUGCCUGGCUGAGGAAGAAUGCAAAGCACUGCCGGACAAUUCGGGCUGGAUGUGCUUGCUGGGAAACCGGGUCAAAACCACCAAGAUCCAUCCGAGAUACUGAAGCCCAGAACGCUGGAGGAUCAAAGCUCCCAAUGACCAAGCCGGACAUUUGUUGACGGUCACCACUACGGGGCAAUUAAAUUCCUUGCAUGGCCACCAGGAAGACACAAACAGCAGCUAAAGUGUGCAGAGGAAACUGUGCUGCCAGCUUACUGCCGGAGCGAAGACCGAGAGAAGCGGGGUUGAGAGGGACUGAUGCCAGCUGACUUUGGAGGGGGCUCUGCUCCUGGGGGGCAGCUGUGGAAGGGGAGCAAAAACUUUUUUGCCCCCAGCACAGAACAGGCUUUAAACCUGUUUGCUCAAAGCAACCCCCCCCUCCCCCCCGGCAGCGCCUGGUCUGUCCCCCUUUCUUCUCCCCAACCCACAGUUUUUUCAGACACCUAAUUAAACUCUCCAGGACUGAAACCACA